CACUCCCCACCCUAAAAUCUCUCUCCUCAUCCAAACCCAUGGUACUCCCCUUCUCUCAUCUUUCUACGUUAUAACACUAAAUUUACACUUUUCGCCUUCUAUUUUCUACGUUUUUUCAUUCCAUGGCGGACACUCAACCAAAACGCCUAAGAGAAGAUGACCAAGAACAAGAACAAGAAGCGAUUUUUUCAUCUGAAGUGGAUAUAACUAAGCGCCAUAAAAGUUCUUACAACCAAAUCCUCUCGAUUCUUGACGAAAAUACCGAAGAGGAACAUCAAGAAACCACUCAAGAUUUGACCGACUGCUUCACAGCUCUGCAACAUGAACUAUCCUCGUCUGUUCCAUUACAGGAACUCAUCAUUGAAUCCGACCAGACUGUAAAAGAAGCUGGAUAUGACGAUAAAGAGAUGGUGAUUAGACACCUUCUUGAAGCUUCUGAUGAUGAACUUGGGAUACCCAAUAGAGUGGCUGACGGCAACGGAGGUGACGAUGAAAUUCCUACCGGAGAAGAUGGUGGGUUUCCGGUGGCUUUGAGUGAUGGGUUAUGGGAGCUUGACGAUGAUGCUGCUAACUAUUAUACUUUAUUUCACUCUGAAGUUAUUAUAUAGUACAGCAGUAGUUGUUAGUAUUGGUUGUUUUGUAGGGGGUUAGAACUUAGAAGGGACGAAAUUAACUAAGCAUCGUUGGUCCUUCAUCUUUGUAGAAAAUGUUAUAAGGUCCUCUAACUUUUUAUUAAGCCAUUGGAAAGAAAGAACGUGAGAGGACCAUUAUUUAUUUCUCUACUUGGGAAUACAUAUUUGUUAUAACUUGUAAUAAUAGUCUUGUACUAAGGGGUGUUUGGAUUAGCUUA